GCUAGAGAAGCUCACGCCGGGCGAUGAACUCGGCGGCGAGGUCAGGGGCAUCGCGCCUUUUGGCAUCUUCGUGUCAGUUGGUGCCGAGAGCGACGGCCUCGUCCACGUCAAGCGCAUCAACCAGGGACUGGUCGCUGACCUGUCUCAAGUCUUUCAGCGAGGAGACCGGUUGGUCGUUCGGGUCUUCGACAUCCACGAUGGCAAGUUAGAGCUCGAGUUAGUCGAUGUUCCGCCGCGGCUGCCACGCGUGGACAGCUUCGAGCCACUACAGGGCGAGACCGUGGAUGCCGAAGUCUUUCGGAAAAUUCCCAAAGCUUUCAUCGUGUCCGUGACCCCGCCAGCAGGGGGUGAAGCUGUUCUGGCCAAACUGGCAUCUGGGCCCUGGACGGAUCUCGCAGAGGGUGAGGUUACCAAGGUGAAGAUCGAGCGAGUGGAU